AUGAACUGCUACGAGAUCCUGGGCAUAACUCCAAAUGCAGAUCUGAAAGACAUCAACAGUGCCUACAAAAGACUUGCUCUAAAGUACCACCCUGACAAGACAGGUGCAGAUGAUGGCCACCUCGAGUUUCAGAAGAUCCAACAAGCCGUCGAAAUUCUCCGCGAUAGUACCCGCAGGGGGAAACACGAUGCAGAACUGCUAAGCAGACGUAACCUUAGAGAUCAGGCCAUCAAUCUCUUUAAUCAGGACACUUCUUGGGGCUGGGCAGCUUCGAGUCCUGAUUUGUCUGCUCUACGUAGUAUGAGCGGGCGGUAUAUGUUUAGUUAUGCGAACAGCGUCCACAUGGAUCCCUAUUCUCCAGAAUCACGGGAUGAGAUUAGGCGAUGUGAGAGGGAACGCGAGUAUGGGGAGCAACUGAAACGAGAAUGUGAGCAGUGGGAGGCUUAUGAAGGGAACCCGGACUUUUCGGGCUAUACCUGGACAUACGAUCCGGAGACAGAGGAAAUGAUGAGGCAGAAUAGAAGGAAGGAAGUUAUGCGUGCCAGAGUGAUGCGUGAUGAAGAACAGACGGAGAGGGGGGAGAUGUUGGAUGAAGAGGAUGAACAGGAGGGUUGUGCUGAGGAGGGCGGUAUGGCUAGUACUAACCCGGGUUCUGAAUUUGGGGAAGAACUAGGUGACGAAGAAUAUCCACAGUAUGAGAAGGGUGAAGAGUACGAAGGCGAGGAAAAAUACGAGGGCGGAGAAGAAUAUGAGGAGCAGGAGGAUGAUGAAGGGUAUGAAGAAUACUAUGAAGAAGAGGAAUAUGCAGAGAAAGAUGAUUAUGAAGGCGGCGAUGGAUACGAUCCAUAUAGAGGAAAUGACCAAGAGGGAGAGAAGGAAGAGAAGGACGAUUCUGCUUUCUCAAUUACCUCUACACAACAAACCCAGGCCGAGUAUGAAAGCGCACGACAGGCCCCAGUCUCUGACAGUGAGGAUCUGCUUGACAUGACAAGCGUUGGAGAACCAGUUAACCCGGUGGAUGAAACGGGAAUUAUCUCCGAGGAGUCUGAUACUGACGAAAAUGAAACUUUUCAUAGUUUCAGUGACGGAGGAGAAGUCUGCUUUAAUGACGACAACGUAACCUCACAAGCAACGCCCGCUGAUGAAUCCUCGCCAAGCCCACGUUCACUCAUCGAUCCUUUGAUCCCACACUUCAAGGAGAAACUAAAUCAUCCUAGCGGUCAAUACACGGAAGAAGAUAUUCACACUGAGCUCAGAGGCCUUGUUAUGGAGUCCUUCUGCGGCUGGCUGGAGACUCUCCGGCUAGAGUUUCCUGGCGCAGAAUCCGCCGCAACUAUCCAGGUGAAUCCAGAGCAUUGUCGCCAUCUAGGUUACUGGAACAAGGAAUUUGGAUCAUCGGAAUGUGAGGUGUGCCAUCGGUGGAUGCCCAUCUACACUCUUUCUUGUCCAGGGUGUGGGAUCAGGGCGUGUGUUGGUUGUAAGUUUCACUACGAGGAGUGA